UCAGCCAACAGUCUCGGUCUGCAUACUAUCGCAUUAGCAGAUUGUUACGGAUUCUAGCAGCCCGCCGUUCUAUAGAGGAUUUGAACUUGACUAGUACGACCGAGGUACACGAGAAUAAUAAGUACAGAUCUGCUAGGCUAGAUAAAUAAAACAGUUCAUGAGAAAAAUGAACAAUGACGAUUUAUUUUGCUUUGAUGAAAUCCAAGAUGCACUCGAUGAUCUUCGCUUCGAUGAAAUCGAUGAUCGACUCGACGAGUUUCGCUUUGAUGAAAUUGAUGAUGGACUCGAUGAGUUUCAGUUUGAUGAAAUCGAUGAUGGACUCGAUGAGUUUCGGUUUAAUGAAAUCGAUGAUGGACUCGAUGAGUUUUGGAUUGAUGAAAUCGAUGAUGGACUCGAUGAGUUUCGGUUUGAUGAAAUCGAUGAUGGACUCGAUGAGUUUCGGUUUGAUGAAAUCCAUGAUGCACUCAAUGAGAUCCGUCGCGAACGAAAUCGCGACCCUCUAAGUAGAGGCGAUGCAAACCUCAACUUUAAACCUAAAUAUCAGACGGGACAAAGCAACCGAGAGAAGGCAGUCAACGCCAUGAUAGAAAUCCGAGCCCUAUGGGACUAUGUCUCAGAACAAGCAACGAAAAAUUACUCCAAUAUGUAUUCAAAGUUGUCAGUUCCCUUAAGCGACAAGUUGGUGCUUGAAUGCCAAAGACAUAAGGAAAACUUUGCGGUGUAUGAUAGAAUAUCAGUAGAGUGGUUAAUAAAAGCAAAAGAACCAAAAUACACUUAUUGUUAUGAUGGAGAAGAUUUUAUAGAAUUCAAAUUCGCUGUUAAGUCCGUCAAGCCAAGUAAGAGGUUUUUAUUAGUGGGCAAAUAUACGGUUUUAAGGCAAGAGCUAAACUUAUUGAUGAUGACGAGACUCGCUCCAUCAAUGUUCGGUGCGUUUUCAUUGCCAGCUCUGAAGCUCAUAGUGGGGGUUCCCGGCUGCGGAAAGACGACGCAUAUCAUUAAAAAUCAUCGACCCGGCAGCUUGGUGCUCACCUCCUGCGCUGAGGGCGCCCGGGAUAUCCGUGCCCGCAUGGCAGCCUUAAGACAGUCCACAAUCCCAGACCAAUUCAGAGGCUCUUACAGGACCAUCGAUUCCUAUUUACUACACAGCCGUGCCAACUACGGCACCGUAUGGAUGGACGAGGCGCUCAUGGAACACCCCGGGAAGCUGUUCCUAGUGUGCUUAUUCAGCCGCUGCCACACCAUGUACAUGCUAGGUGACCCAAAUCAGCUCGGAUACAUCAACAGAGUAGACUCGAUCAGUCUGCUCUAUGAUAAAUCAUCAACCUUUUUCAAAGCCACGGACACAUUGAACAUUUCGUACAGAUGCCCCGUGGACGUGAUGGCUGUCUUGUCCAGCAAGUAUGAGGGCGGAGCGUAUUCCACGUCGGAGAUCACGCGCAGUAUGAAGUGCGAAAAGUUCACUGGGCUCGAAUGUGUGCCUAAGUCUAAAGAAAUCAAAUAUCUUGUGUUUAAACAGGCUGAGAAGCAAAAAAUGAAGACAGAGAAAUACGACGUGUCCACCAUACACGAGUUUCAGGGCAAGGAGGCGGAGCAUGUGGUGAUAGUGCGUAUGUCUCGUAAUGUGGAGGAGUCGUUGUACAAGUCGGUCCCGCACAUGCUGGUGGGUAUAUCGCGGCACAAGAUUUCCCUCGUGUACUACACGCCGGUGGCAGACGACUUGAAAAAGCUUAUAGAGACGCCGCUGACGGUCAAGGAUCUUAAUAAAAUUAAAAAAGUUACAAAAUAAAGUUAACACGAGUCCAGUAUUUUCAAAAUUAUGUUAUUAUCUUUUCAAUCAUGCCCAUAUAAUAUAUUUUUAUUUAAAAAAAACGAAUUUAUCGAAUUCGAAUUUAUUCGCUUAAUGUUAAAAUAAUCAUUCAAAUAAGAAUUAAAUCGUACACCGAGCGAGGUUGUUAUUGAAUGAUACAAUUAAAUUUUUAUUAAACUUA